UGCGAUUGUUCGGCCAGCCCCGCCCCGCACGGAUUUUGUCCCGUCUGUCUUGCCAUACGCGUCUCCCGAUUCCAUCGUAUCCCGUCAUCCCGGGGAUCGGAGCGAUCGUGUCACUCAGGGAUCCCAGCGGCCACCAAUGACAGCCGGAGAUCGCCUUCCCUCUGCUACAAGACAGGAUCCCUACAGAGUAUAUACACUGCGACCAUGACCGACAUCAGCAUCGACAGCUCCAAGCUGCCAGGAGUCAAAGAAGUUUGCCGUGAUUUUGCAGUGCUGGAAGAUCACAGUCUUGCACAUACCUUGCAGGAGCAGGAAAUUGAACAUCAUUUAGCUACAAAUAUACAGAGGAACCGCCUGGCCAAACGUGAUCUAAAGGUGGCCAAACAGCUUCAGGAAGAAGAGGACCUCAAAGCACAAUCCCAGAAGAAGCACCGUCACACUGAACUUGAAGUUUUAGAUGGUGAAAUAGCUCAGGAAAUUCAAGAGAAGCUGGUGAUUGAAGCAGAAAGCAGACGCAGACAGGAGGAGAAAGAUGAGGACAUUGCAAGAUUAUUGCAGGAAAGGGAAGAAAAAAGAAGAAAGAAGUAUAACCCACCACACGGCACAGAGGAGCCAUAUUAUCCUGACCAUGGAGGGCAUCAUAGGGGUAGGCAUAAGGAACACAUGUCUGAAUUUGACAGACCCCAUAGACAUGAAAGAGCUGAGAGAAGAAAGGAGGAAAGCCACCCAAAAUCUGAGCAGCGUUCCCGCUGCGCUGAUGAUGAUCGUAAACGUGGAAGAUCAGCAGAACCACGGUCUGGGCAAGGUGAAAACCCUGAUCUUCAUAGAUCUGAAAAUCAUAUCAGUAGGACUUCUGACAAAAAAGAGAAACCUGGUAGACCUCCACCACCAAGAACUAACAGACAUGAGCAGCCUGAAGAUAAGGAGCUUAGUGGAGCAUAUUCUAGUGAAAAUGUACCAAGAAAAGGGAGGUCUCAAAGUCAUGACUUAUUAAGCACAAACAAUGCUGAUGUUCGAAGAGGCCGGCACAGCCCCAGCUCUCCAUCUGACAGAAGAGGAACUGGGAGUGCAAAUGAACCUGGAAAGCCCAGAAGGAGAGUUGAUAGUGAUUACGAAAAUGAGAAGCCCAGAAAGAGAGCUGAGAGUGAUUACGAGCAUGAGAGGCCCAGAAGGAGAGCUGAGAGUGAUUACGAGCAUGAGAGGCCCAGAAGGAGAGCUGAGAGCGAUUACGAGCAUGAGAGGCCCAGAAGGAGAGCUGAGAGUGAAUACGAACAUGAGAGGCCCAGAAGGAGAGCUGAGAGUGAAUACGAACAUGAAAGGCACGGAAAAGGAGCAGAGGGUGAAAACGAACACGAAGGCCACAGAAGGAGAGCAGAGAGCAAAUCGGAACAUGAAAAGCACAGACGGAGAACACCUUCUCCUAACCAUGAAAGGCAGCCAAGUGAUAGAGGUAAUAGGCCAAAAGGACACAAAGAUUGCCCUCAAGGAAAACUUCAUAUAGGUGCAAAAAUCCAUGAUGAAGACGAUGCAGAAAUUGCUAGAAGGCUUCAGGAAGAAGAACUGAGGGUGAACACUGUGGAUUACAAAACUGCACAAUUGGCACAAGAUGAAGAAAUAGCCCGCUGGUUAAUGGAAAAAGAGGAGAAAUCUUAUAAGAAAUCUAAAGGGCGUGAAAAAGAAAGGAGAAGGGCAGAUGAACAGGAGAGCUGUUCAAAGGGAUGUUUGAAUGCAAAAUGCACCUUUUUGCAGGAAAAUGUGUUUAACAUGCUUUCGCUGCAAUCCAAAUACACCUCCAUAGGACCUGCUCUAUCUGGGAAGAAACCGCAAAAAGCAAGUCAAACAGCCUCUGAACUUAUUUACAGUACUCUGCUGAAGUAGUUGGAAAUCUGCCGUGGAAUGUGCAACCUUUUUAACUUUCAGUAAGGCAAGAGAAGAAACAAAAUCAAUUGACAGAACUCUUAAGAACAUAUUGUGCCCUGUGACAGUUUCUCCCACACCGAACACUUGCAAUGUAAGCAGGAGGAGUGGGCUCUGCAAGGGCCCUGUAAUUUCAUCAUUGAGGUCACAAUGUAAAUGACUUGGGGUAAAUGUAUAUAAUAUAGCAAAUGAAUAAAUACUGAUUCGCUCGUAUUAACUCAUGUGCAAUGUGAAUUGUACAUAUACAAUCAAGCAAAAAACCUAGUGAGAAAACUCUUAAUAUGUAUGCAGGGGCGGA